CCGGUAUUGCAUUUUUACUAAAGUUUACCAUAAAAUUCGUCUGUUAUUAUGUAAAAUGUAGUGGGACUUUAAUCCGAUGUGUAUCUGCAAGUAUUUGUCUGGUUUUGUAAGUAUUUAGAACAAAUUGUUGCAGAGCAUUGGGUUUGCUUUCGGAUGAUGGCUGCACAAUCGUACGGAUUUAUCUAUGACAAGGAGUCGCCGUAAUUAGAACCAGUUGAUAACGCAUUAUUGAAGAAAUGGAGCGCCGUUCCAUAAAUUUAUUGUGUUUAAAUAUUUAAAUUUCCGCCUGAAGUAAUAAAUCUAUGCAACCGGCAUGCUUGUGUGCUUGUAGAGAAGAAUGUGGGUGUAAAACGAGCGGUGUCUUUGUAUUCGCAAGAAUGAUUCUCCAGAGCCUUUUUUUACCCCAUAAGGAAAUAAAACCUUAAAAAUGUAAGAAAAAAUACACGCUAUUAUGAUUUUUGCAAUAGCCCCAACAUCAGUAUUCAUUUGAUGACUUAAAAUAUCAAUAGAUGGAUCAUACAUAGAAAUAUGGCUGCUCUUUCAAAGUGGGUCCCGGUGGGGAUGACCUCAGACCAGCCUCAGUUCAAUCAUCUAAAGCUCACCACCAUCGACAAAAUCGGUGGCAUCUACUGCCGCAUUUGUCACACAAAAUUUGGAAAUAAAAAGGAAUAUGACACACAUUACCUAAAACAUGAUACUGGUAGCAAAGAUAUUACGUACACAUGUGUUGUUUGUUAUAAAGACAUAGUUGGCUACCCCAGUUUUCGAGGACAUUGUUACACAAUUCAUGUCAUGAAAGAUAAAUUUAGAUGCACCCAUUGCAAUAAGCAGUUUUCAAAGCAAACAGCACUCGUCAGCCAUUAUGAAUCUUUGCAUCAGUUCAAAUGUUCAACAUGCCAUGUUAGAUUCCAAUCCCAAAAAGAUCUUGCCAUGCAUCAAAUUUGCCACAAGAAUGAGCAGUGUAACCCACCUUAUAACUGUCAAAUUUGUAACAAGCAGAUUGAGGAUACGAACGAUUGCGAGCAACACAUUGAAGACCAUUGCUCCAUCUCUUACUUCUGCCCGAUUUGCGAUGAGGGCAUCAACGAAAUUCAAAACGCUACUAGUCACCUGGCUAAGCAUUUUGGCGAUGUACUUAUUGAAGACAAUGAGUCCAAUUCAGAUUCUGAGGGCCAAGAAUUUUCAAACGAUAGCUCCAUAGACAUCCUUGGCGGUAUAUUCUGUUCGAUCUGUAAAAAAACUUAUAAAGCCAGACCAGAUUUCGAUAAUCAUUUCAUGUUAGAACAUGACGAUAAAAAAAUUAUUUACGGCUGUAAUAUCUGUGCAAAAGAGUAUGACAAAUACUUUGUCUUUGCUAACCACUGCUAUAACCAUUAUACCAAAGACAAAUUCCAGUGCGAAGUGUGCUUCAAGAGCUUUCCCCGGCUGUCCCUGCUCGUGAUUCACAUGGAGGCUCACUCCAGAACGCGCGACGGCGGCUUCCAGUGCCUGCAGUGCGGACACGCGCUCCAGACUGCCAGGAGGCUCCGGGAUCACUAUAAGACCGAGCAUGACAUCUGUUACAGCCAGUGUCCGGAGGAAGGCUGCGGCAAGAUCUUCGCAACACCCAAAGAGCUGGUCCUCCACCGCAAAGAACAUGCUGGUGGCAACUGGUGCCAGCAGUGCGGCCUGCGGUUCGCGUCGCUGGCCGCCUGCCUCAAGCACGUGCCCGUGCACCGCAAGAAGCGCUACUCCUGCCCCGUGUGCAAGCGCUGCUAUGGGGAGAAGUACCUGCUCAUGAAGCAUGUGACCCAGCACUUCUCUGCCGUGCUCCACGUGUGCAAGAUCUGCGGCAAGGUGUACUCGCACCGCCACCGCCUCAUGCAGCACAUGAAGGUGCACAACGAGGCCAAGGAGCACGCCUGCGCCAUCUGCGGCAAGGGCUUCGCCAAGCUCUACCUGCUCAAGCAGCACCAGAACAUCCACUUCAACAGCAAGCCCUACAAGUGUUCCAACUGCCCCAAAACGUUCGCAAGCGUUCCGAAUCUGAGAAAGCACAUGAAGAAAAUCCACAACGUCACGCAGAUCACGUUCAACCAUUACGAAAAGCCUGCAGAAACUAGCAACGAGAAGUUGGAUGUGAGCAAUCCGUCUAGUUCGGAGAUGUCUGUCGACGCCCCGACCAGUUUGGAGGAGUCGGACGAGUCGUGCGGCUGGCGCGCUGAUGACACCUUAGAUGAGCUGAUGACCCUGGAGGAGCUGGAUCCGCUGGAUACAAGGGCUAAGGAGAUCAGCGAGAUCGAAGCCGACCUCUGGGUGCCGAGUCCGAUGAUGCCCACUGCCACCCCAGUGCCGCUCCCCGCCAGCGUGCCGUGCGAAUACGGCCCAGAACUGGUUCCUCUCGACGAGCACUGCCUACCGCACGCGCCGCCACAGCUGGUGACUCAGCCGCGUUGGCCGCCAGUCCUCACCAAACUCGCCGACUGCGCCUACGCCGACCUGGCCUACGCGGAUUUAGCAGAGGUGAUGAACGCCGAUAUCUAUUAAAUGUUUGUAAAAUUAACGGACCGUGUAGUGCUGUUUUUAAUGGGGAUCCGCGCGAAAUUUGCCGCCAGGUGGCGCAUCUGAAU